AUGGGUGCCAACAAUGACAAACCUCAGUUCUUUCACUAUCCCGAAGUCCGCCAAGGGCCGUCCGUUCCGUAUCAAAAUGAGGACCAGUUGAUUCCCGUCCUUCGCGGCACUCCUUUAGCUAUUGGUGCUUCCCUUAUUCAUUCCGUGGGCUUUAUCCAAAGCUAUUUCUGGCGUAAUGCCGGCUUUGAUGUCGUUCGCCAAGUUCCACAUCUCCAACAGUAUUCCGCCCGCUACGACCCCACGGUAAUUCCUAUCGUCGAUUCCAAGUCCUCGUCUCCCGCCGAGCUCCCGGUGCCUAGGGAAAGGCGUAAAGGCCCAACUGGGUACUACACCUCUGCCGAUUACCAUACCCUCUACAAGUCGGGAGAACUGACUCCGAUCGCUGUCGCCGAAGCUCUCCUACCCCUGAUCCGUCGCGAUGCGAAGCCACCGGGCAGACACUCAAUUGCGUUCUUAGAGACGCAAGUGGACAGAGUCCGCGCGGCUGCAGAGGCCUCCACAAAGAGAUACAAGGAUGGAACCCCCCUGGGUCCCUUAGAUGGCGUGCCCGUGGCGAUCAAAGACGAAGUACAUAUCGAAGGAUAUCGGCGAACGCUCGGGACCACGUUGGACUUCAAGGACGGAUAUGACGGCACGUCUUGGUGUGUCAGGAAAUGGGAAGAGGCUGGGGCCAUCAUAAUCGGCAAGACAACCAUGCAUGAGCUUGGUCUCGACACCAACAAUAACAAUCCCAACUAUGGCACUCCCCGGAACCCCAACAAUCGUAACUACUACUGCGGAGGUUCCUCGGGCGGAUCCGGAUACGCCGUGAGUGCGGGUCUGGUGCCCAUUGCCCUGGGUGCAGACGGCGGCGGUUCGAUCCGCAUUCCAUCCUCGUUCUGUGGCGUCUGGGGUCUAAAAACAUCCCACGGCCGUAUCAGUGCCAGUCCGACCGUGUCCCUUGCCUCGACGGUGGGUGUGUUAGGGCCCAUCGCAGCCAGCAUCGAUGACCUUGCUCUCGCGUACCGCGUGAUGGGCGCUCCGCCCCCCGCCGACGAGGAUCCCAUGUCAGCCAUGUUUCCGAGCCCUCUAGCCGGUGUUUCAUCUUCCGAACCCCAUCGGCCCAGGAAUAACAAGACCAUCGGUGUCGUUCGCGAGUGGAUCGACCGAGCCGAACCUGCCGUUCGCACGGUCUUUGACAGGGCAAUCGAGUUCUACCGCCAGCAACGGCAGUACACUGUCAUUGACAUCGACAUCCCCUACCUCCCCGAAGGUCAGCGCGCCCAUGUCCUAACCAUCAUGUCCGAGAUCGCCUCGGGGGUAUCCCCGCACCAGAUCCGCCAUCUCACUGCCCCCAACAAGGUUCUCGUCUCGGUGGGCAUGUGGCAGAUCACAGGCCAGGACUUCCUCGCUGCCCAGCGGCUCCGGAGUCUCCUCAUGUGCCAUCUGGCCCAUCUCUUCCAGACUCAUCCGGGUCUUUUGAUUCUCACCCCAACCACGCCGAUCCCCGGCUGGAAGAUCGGCGGCGAUGCGGACCUCUCGCGCGGCCUCUCGGACGGGAAGUCUUCUGUCCGCAAUAUGGAGUAUGUAUGGCUGGCGAAUUUCACCGGCUGUCCUGCCAUCAGCUGUCCCGCCGGAUAUGCGCAGGACGGCAACCGGGUGCCUAUUGGCGUGAUGGCCAUGGGCGAAUGGGGUACGGAGGAGGAUUUGAUUGCUUUUGCUAGAGAUGGAGAAGCAAUCUUGGAUCUGCCGGAAAAUCAGCCCUCCGUCGCCAACCAGUCGGAGCAAUCAUCUGGCUUGAACGUUCCACAGGGCGAAGACUCCCGGUGGGAAGAUGUUAUUGCAAAGGCAAUGCCGUAG